AUGGCCGUCGCAAUGCCUCUCAAGGUCGACGCCUUCAUCUUCAACGCCGCCGUCUGCAAUGGCGAGGGCCACAAAGCACGCAUCAGCCCGAUCACGCAGCCAAACUACACUUUCCUCCGAAUGGAAGAAUACAUGGCGCUGAGCGAUCUCCUGCCACACACCGACCUCUACAACGCCAGCCCCAGCACGCGCAAUUCGCGCUACACCGACCUCGGGACCGGCGAGCCGAGAACGUCUCGUCAGGGCGUCUACCUGCAUUGGAUUCUCCCGCGAGCCUACCGCAGCGGCGAGGCAAGCGAUCCUGGGGGUUCCGUUCCUCCGGUCCAUCCUGGCGCGGGGAAAGAUCGGUUCAGGCUGGAAGAAGAUAACUCGGCACCCUCGUUUCCGCCAGUACCCAAUCGGUGGCUCGUUAUCCGCAAGAUCGAGCGCGGUAAUGCGACGGUUCUACCGCAGGAAGCAAGCAUACCGGAGGUGGCCGCGUGGGUCAUUGAGAGUGAUCGGAUGCGCAGGAUUGAUGAAUUGGCCGCAGACCUGGAUCUCCAGGUGGACGUCGCUCCGUUCAUCAACGCGGUCGCGAGCGAGGACCCCGGGUCGAUCCCGAUGAAAGAGCAGGCUGAGGUGUUCAUCGGACGCUGCACGCCAGUUGGCAAAUGGGACAAGGAUGAUGUGGGGAACACUGUUGAGCUCACGGUCGCAAGCAGCUCCAAUCAGCUCUUCCCCGACUCUCAGUACCACUGCGGCAAUGUCUUUUCUAUGCUGGACACCUUCGCAUACGAGGAGAAUGAUGUAACCAAGCAUCUGACAUCUGUGCGAGCGCACUAUUAUGUCGUCGGCUGGCACACGGAUGAGAGCAAAGACAUUCUGGCCAAGAAGCCAACCGGUCCUGCGCCCUGGACUCGAGGGACUGCCCUCGAAGCGCACAGGCUCUCUCUGCCUCCCCUGCCCGAGCCGCUCCCGGACACGAUCAGGAAGUGGCUGGACAACCAAACGUCGACACGAUCAGUCUGCCACGGAGCCAUUUACGAUGUCGACUGGAAUGUGGAAAGGCCACCACCGACUAUCCCCGCGGAUGAGUGCGGCAAGAAGCUGGGUGAUCGCAUGGCCGUCGCCGUGGGAACGACCCCGAUGGAAACCCUCCUCACCUUUGCCGGGGUGCAUCAGGAUCCCGGCACUCUUCCAAAUGACAUCCACGGCCUCCGCAAAUAUCUCCGCUCCGAAGAUGAAACGCUCGAUUCCCAAGAGGCCGCCGCCGACGAGCUGCAGGGCGACAACUUUAUGCACCUGGACGGGGGCACAUACCAUACGUUUGCAGACCAAAAGGAGGCUCAACCGGCUCAGAGGCCGCCGGAGGAGGUGGAAAAAUGUCUCAAAACUCUCAAUGCUGCGCAGAGGCUGCAGGACGCAGUGAGCCGGCGCCUGCAACAGUUGCAGUGGGAGAUGUUUGCGACGUGGUGGAAGUACAUUUCCGACGUGGACAAUGAAGAUCAUUCACGAGACCCCAUUUAUGAGACUGCGGUUGGGAACAUUAAGAAAAGUCUGGUCAGACUAAACGGCGCACGCGGUGUCCUGAACGAUAGGAUCAAAGACACCGUAGAGGACAUCCACAAGCUGGGGAGCAUCGAGCCGAAAGCUGCAGCGAUGCCCGAGUUUGGUCAGCAUCGCGAUCCGACACUUCUGAUCGCCGGGGUCCAAGCAGGCUGGCCCAGAGACUUUCAGCAAAAGCUGCAGGUUCGCCUCGAGAGCCAGUUCGUCACAGAGGAGCACGCACCAGCGGUGGACGCGGCGACCGUGGGACUGAUCAAGGAGAUCGUCCCGGAAGGCCUGAUCCCGACCUUGACCGCGCUGGUCCAGGAGUUUCUCAUCUUACAGCACCAGCCAGUGCCCAAGACCCCUGACGCGGGCCAGAUCCUCCCGCUGUAUCACGACGCCACAUACCCCGGGCAGGACAUUGACCCCACCGCCAACCCGUGCCGCGACCGCUGGGCGGGCCGCCAGCCGUGGUUCCCGCUGUAUGUCGAAUGGGAAGGCGAGUACACCGACAUUUCCUUCAAGCACUGGCAACUGUCGCAGAAGGAGAGCAACGCGGAACCCCUCACCCAAUAUACUCAAUAUGUCGUGACGUCGGACGUCUCCAAGGAGUCGCCAGACGGCCAUCACAAGGUCUUCGAUGACACGCGUCUGCUCUCCGGACGCAACUUGAUCUUGCCACAGCCCUCGUUCACGCUACGGGCCCACGUACGCCGACUUCUCGAUACAAUCCCGGCAGACGACUUGCGGAGGGACCUCCCAGAUGACCGCCGCGAGGUCAUUGAGACCAACAUCGACCGCUUUGCAUUUCUGUCCGCGCCCUUGGCCGGUUUCACCGAGCAUCUCUUGACCCUGGGCACGGGGAACCAUGUGAAGCCGCUCGUUCGCCAGCCGGGCAAGAAGCCGAUCCCGUUAAAGGACGCUCUCGCGGCUGCGAACCACAUCAGACUGGACUCGACAGACCUGGCGUGGAUUGACGCCGCGUCGGACCCUACCCCCUACGGUGCCAACAUGAGCUUGGUGGGCCACGGCACAUACUCGGCAUUCAAGCCCGUCACACAUGGGCAGUUCCGAUUCACGCGGCUGAAUGUCAUUGACAAAUUUGGCCAGGCCAUCUCGGCCAUCAAGCCUUCACCCCAGCUGGACCGGCCUCCGCCCCUCUUCCCCUGCGUAGGCGACUACUACGCGCCGCAGACGCUGGCGGGCCAACAGCAGCCCAAUGUCAUUGACCCGGGCCGGGCGGUCGAGCGGGGUGACUGCGAGUUCAUCCAGCUCCCGCCGUCCAUCAACCAGCCCGUCCGCUUGAACGUGGCCUUUCUCGCCCCCGAACACGCCGGCGUGCCGCCUGCCGACGACGUCCCCGACAAAUCCUACUGGCGGCCCGUGACGGACUGGGAAAGCCCCAUCUGGGGCUGGGUGAUGGUCAACUACGCCAACCGCAGCCUGCAACUCUUUCUGCCAGACGGGACCUUCUACCGCGAGGUGCGCGUGACGCAGGGGAGCGUGAAAACGGCGGUCGCCUGGCUGCCCUUUCGUCCCGAGGGAGCAGCAAAGCCCGACAACGUCCAGCUGGAGGAACUCCUACGACUUCUCACCGACGAGGAUCAGACGUAUUUGCUCGAGUUCAUUGAUAUGAUUGAUGCCGCCCUCCGUGACACAAGCGCACCCCCCGCCACGUACGGCGCCUUUCAGAACGCACUGACGGGGCGACCACUAGCGCUCGUCUCUACCGGCUGGUCGCUCGAGGUCUCUCAGAAGCCACGACAGAACCAGUCCACGUUGGCAGACCAACAAGGUCUUCCUGGACCCAACCUGCUUCAAGACUACGCGUUCCCCAUGCGGCUCGGGAACGCAUCGCGGCGGACCGACGGGUUGGUUUGCUACUUCCUGCGGCGAGAGAGGCACAGUGGACGAUCGGGCGACGACUUUGACUUGACCAAGAUUUACACGUACAGCAGUAGUCAAAAAGAAGAAUCAGGAAAAAAAGGUGAGAGCGGGGACAAAGGCACCGUCAACGCGGACAAACUCAAAUUCCUCCACCCCAUUCAAUCCGCGACCCUGCCGACUCUAAAGCCCUACUGGGACGACCCAGAGAAAUACGUCUCGGACGCCGGUGGUGCCGCCGGCAGCCAAGCAGACCAUACCCGCUACGAGGCCUCGCGUAACAAGCACUGGGAGCCCAUCGCCGCGCUCAUCGACCCAUUCCUCCCUGUCCACGCGUACACGGGGAUCCUCCCCACACAGGCCCUGCGCCUGCCAAACUGGACGUGGGAAUCGAGCCUGAAGAGAAUCGUGACCUUCUUCCACGUCGGUCCGCUCCUCGUGACGGAGAAUGUACCGAAUUUCCACGCGGGUCACGAGCUCACGCAGGAGAAGUGGGAAGAGGCGCGUGGGAAGCCGUCGGCAAAACCCGAGGCGGGCUAUCAGGUGCAGCUGCCAGCAUUGGCGGUCGCAGAUUGGGCCUGGCUGCAGCCGUAUGCAGUUGAGGAGAAGAAGGGCGCUCUGCAGGAUGCGGCAGGAGAAGUGGAGACGGUCAAAAAGUUCAUGUUGCUGGGGAUAGGGCAGUCAGCAGUGGCGGCGGCGGGGUCUGGACCACCGGCAGGAAUGAACGGCGGGGUCUGCACGGCCAUUGAGGGGUAUCUGCAGAUGACUCGGCCGAUGGAGGAUGAAGGAAAGUGA